CAAAUGAAAAAACUGGCUACAACUAUCGCUAAAGCAAUUAAUAAUAAUAAGAAAGGAGUUAAUGGUAUCAAACCUAAUCGAUUAUAUAUUACUCAACUUCAUGAUGAACUAAAUAGAUAUAAAGUAAAUUUUGAUCUAAAAUCAACACAUACACAAUUAGUUAAUCUUUUAAAUGAAACAUUGAAAACUCAAACUAAACAAAAUAAUACAGACACUAUCCAAAAAUACAAACUUCUUUUUGAAGUAGUAGAUAUGACUUCACAUAAAAAAGGUGGUGGUAAAAGAAUUCCAAAGGAAGUUGUUGAGUUAAUGAAAGGUUAUUUCCAUAGCAGAAAUACACCUGAUAAGUCAUAUUUAUCAGCUGAAGAUAUGAUGAGAGAAUUACAUAUAGCUGUAGAAAUGGGACAUUUGGCAAAAGAAAAAAUACCACAGAAAGUUGAUACAAUUAGAGGGUGA